AAUUAACUUGCAGUGGAUUUGGCAGGUGCGCGUGAGCAGGUAGCUGCAGGUUCUUGGUGAGCGCGUGUCCGGUUGCGUUAUGGCCAGAACCGGAUUCUGUGAUUCCAGGGUGCUGCUGGACCGCAAGACAGAUGAAGGCCGGUUUCCUUUGCGCGCGUGGGCGAACGCAUGCUCUGUGCGGGAGCGCGGGGUGCUGAGUGUGGGAGAAGAGCAGAAACAGCAGCACGAGGCGGAUGUUACAGAGCACAGAUGGGUCCAGCAGUUGCCAUUACUUGCAGAAGAUGGAAUCAUUAUGGAGAUUGCUCAGCAGAACAGAUCAGUUGUUCCUGCAGUGGAGCCUUAUGAGGAGGAAGCUGUGCUGAAGCACCUGCAUGGUCUGCAGCUUGGACACAUGCUAAGAGAUCUAGUUCCUGAGCUGGUGUACAGAGAGAUAGAAAGAGCAAUGAGCAAACUUGGGCUGCUGUAUGACCGCACGUACACAUGGGAUGUUUUUUCGGACAUGAUGAAGAGUCAGCAGCACCUUGCUCUGUUGAGCAGCGAACUGCCAAAGCCUUUUACUGAAACAACAUGUGCCAUUUUGGUGGACUGGCUCAUUCAGGUUCAUGAAGCCUUUAACUUCUCGGAGGAGACGCUGUAUUUAGCAGUGCACCUGCUGAACCGUGUGCUCCGGCAGAUCAAAAUCUCCAUCUCCAAUUUACAGCUGGUUGGCGUCGUCUGUCUGUUUCUUGCCGCCAAGAAAGAGGAGUGUCUGCUGCCAGAGGUAUCUGAGCUGUGCUACCUAAUGGCGAACACUUACAGCAGGAAGCAGUUACUGCGGAUGGAGCGCAGGGUUUUGUGCACACUGAAGUUUGAUCUGUCUCACACUCCACCCAUUCACUUCCUGCUACUGUCGGCCUACAUUGCACGCUGCAGCGAGAAGGUGAUCUGCAUGGCACGGUAUCUGUUAGAGCUCUCUCUCCUCGAAGCGAAGUGUGUGUGCUUUUUCCCGGUUCAGCUUGCUGCUGCUGCUCUGCGUCUGGCCCGGUAUCUCAUCCAGGAGCCACACACACCUGAAAGUGAGGCGGCCUGGUGUAUCGCGUCUACUAUAUACCUGGGCAGCGAGGCAACACUCUUUACAAUCAUGCACAUCAUGGCUUCUGGUGCAGCACAAGCUCACAACCAAGAAACUCGAGCGACAUUUGUCAAAUUCUCUACAAAGGAGACGCUGUAUGUGAGUCUGCACCCUGCACUGAAGAAUGCUCCCUGCCUACUGAGCCUACAUACCUGAUACUACAAUAUUAACAGUAAAAAGCAGUGUCUAAAUAGUAACUGAAUGUUUUUGUAUCUGUAUCAC